AUGUCUACCUUCGAUAAUCACUCAGAGAAUACGAUGAACAUUGAUGCUUGUUAUUUCGACCCCAUGCUCUCUGGGUUCUUCUCGUUCUCUGCAAGUUUUCUUGGUGUCCCUCUAGCCACUGUUGAGCUUGCAGGGUACUUGGCACUGGGCCAUCAGCCCAUUGUUUUGCCUCUCUACUGUCCGCCUGUCAGUCUUGACAUUCUCAAGCAACAGUUGUGUCUGUUCGCAUAUCUGCAAACCCCGAUGGUGCAUAGUACAGCAUACGAGUUACUACCAAGCACCGAGGUCCCGGUGUAUGUUUUAGCGCUGCAAGAAAUUGCUGCGCCGUUCUUGAACUUGCUGUGGCUGAAAGGUAGGGCAGGCAAUGAUGAGAUGCUGCACGGCAUCUAUAACUAUGUUGGUGUGGGCCAGGUCGACCAACCUUCGACCAUCAUCCAUCUCGCGCAAUUUCCUCUCGGGUACCAACACCUUCUGGAUGAAGGGGCAAUCGACAAAUCAGAGUCCAUCCUCCAGACUACCUGGGUCGAGUCGUCAGCCAUGACCUCAGCGCCAGGAGUUGAGCGGCAGGUCCGUACCAAGAAGGUUAAGGCUGAACAUAGCCUCCACAGAAUCAUGGGGGCUUGUCCAAACUGGUGCAAGUCCCUCGCAUACCUGCGUAUCUUUCUGAGGAUCUUUAUAUCCUGCGGUCACUCCGACAAUCCUCACCUUCUCACUAAUGCCGAUUAUGGCGAACGCAGACUUGAGCUCAUUCGCAGUCUCUGGCCUGGGUGCUUAGAUCGUGCAAACAUCACUUCCCAUGAUUUGGAAAUGGUGCUAAGCAAAGACUCCAAGCUUCCGAUGACACACAACGAAGUAUUGGCACUCGCGAGUCCGUGGAUCACGCAGUUUCUCUAUGAUAACCGUCGGGUGAUCAGCUACGCUAUGAACGACGCUUGCAUCUUUGGGCUCGGCAACUUCUUUGGCUUGACUCUAAAGCACAGCAUCUUGACCCUCCUGCAGAUGUUCACGCGGCCGCAUGCACAUUUGCUCCCAAUCCGAAUUAAUGGGUUUUACGCCUUCUUGAUCCAUCAAGCAGCAAGGGAGAUGGUUUAUCAUAUCGCGUACAGGACAACCACAACAAAUCGUAUUCGUCUCACUAUCGCCGAUCUGGGGCCAGCUAUCUUUAGACACGCUGCCCACUUGCCAGUAGAUUUUUUGGCUUUGGUGGGGUCGUGUUGCUACCAAUCAUUCCUUACAAAGCUCGUGAGCAUUUGGGGUACCGCAGAGGCCAUGCCACACUAUCCGCCUGUGAGCCAAGUGCACAGUGAACUCCGCGAGACUGCUGUAAUGCUCCUCCAGCAAGAUCAAGACCCUGACAUUGCCAUAUUCAUGACUCAAAUGAGAGCUUUGUGCACUCUCACUUCCCCCGUUCCUUUUACAUUCGAAACGUCUUCCUACUCUCAUUUUCUUGGGAUUGAACAGACUGAGACAGCCAUGAUAUGUUGGCUCCAGAAACAGGGGCAUGACACUCUUCCAGAGUCCCUCUUUGUCACAGCUUCUGUGCUGUUUGGAUGGAUUGACUCCCACGAUCUCAUAGCUCUCCUUGACGUGAGCCUCAGGGAGGUCGCAAUGCAGCUCGAGCGAGAACAUGACUGUUGUAUCAUAUCCUGUUCGCAAGGGAGAUGUUGGUUGGAGGACAGGAUGCACCGGGCUCAAACUGAAAUCUCAUUGUUUAGUACUGCUAUUGCUAACUUGUGCGAAGAGUUGGAACGUAGAAGUUCUCCAGAAUGUCCAAAGAAGCUACCCACAGUGGGUGAUGUCACGUGUAUAACAUAUGUAUCGCCCAGCCCGGUCAAUUUCGAUGAUGUCCGACCUAUACAAUACGCAACGCCCAGCCCGGUCAUGCCCAAAUGCGAUGUACGAGACAAAUGCAACACAUGGCUUCUUGUGUUGCAAGGCAAUGGUCUGGAUGAUUCUGACACAAGCCGAAUACCAUUCGGUUCUCCACGUCCAGAAGCUGUUCAUUUCCAUGAAUACCUUACAGGGCCUGACGAUCAAUUUCUCUCCCUACCUCGCUUGUUGAAAACAUGGGUCAAUAACACCACAUAUCGUGCCUACAUAAGUGCAUCCUUGGCAGAAUUCAAGCCCUCGUGCAAUAGCGAUGGCUUCAAAACAAAGGAAUGCAAGAGUCUGGUCGUCCUCAAAUCCGAUAUUCAUAUCCUGGGCCUGAAGAAGCAGCGUGCGCAGGUCGAGGUGGAGAUGCUUUCUGAAGCUAUAGCCCGUAUGUCUGAGUUCGAGCACACCGAUGAUGGUGUAUCUUCCGGAAGUUCAAUGGCGUGUGCAUCACGUCUGCCUGAAAACGAUGUGGGCUCGUUCGAUGAUUGGCUGUCGACUUCAUAUGCCUCUUCUGACAUAUCGUCACUCAUGUGA